CUUCCUUGUGGGAAGGAGCGGGAGGAGGGAGGGACGGAGACGCGCGGCAGGAGCCCGGCGGACCACCGCCCCGGAACCGGGGCCAGGGCUGCGGCUCCGGGCUCGGGGCCCCUCCCGCGUAAAAGCCGAGGGAGGUGCCCGGGGACGCGCGGCUGGUGGCCGUGCGGGGCGAUCUGCACCUCCCGGGGCGUCCGGCCUUGACGGCAGCUCUGGUGUCCGAGGCCGGAGACUGCGCCUGCAAGCCUGCGAGACCGUUCCCAAACUUCUGGAGAUCCGCUUGCAGUUUCGCUUUCGGAAUUUUCGGCAUCUUUGGGUUUGCAGAGUUGGGUGGGAUUCCGGGAAGAGCACGGCGCCUGGGCUGGCCGUGCGGAUGCUCCUUCCCCUUUCGCGGGCAGGAGUCCGACUUCCCACCACCCCCAGCGUCCCCUCCUUGGCGCCCCCCGACACCGCCGGCGCGCCCCGAGGUCUGGGGCGCCCAGCCCCGCGCGCAGUCCCCGCGUUUCGUCGGCUCCGGCGGCGCGGUCGUGGCGGAUCCGUGCCCGCUGGUGGGAAACCGCUUUCGACCAGGGCAGACCCUGCCUGAAUCCGGAUCCAUCGCGCUGCCCUCUGCUUUCCCGCGCCCCUCCACCCUCCCCACCGAGGCCAAGGGACUUGAGGGACCGAUUGGCGUGUCUACACCAAGCAAGUGGAUCCAGGUGUCGCCAGGUAAUUCUUCCUGGAGGAUGCAUUAGGAGAAGAGGACCCUUACUCGUUAGGCAUGGAGAGCAGUUUUUCAGUUUCCAACAUGCAAGACCCAUCCGCUUCACCCCUGGAGAAACAGCAGAGCUCAGCGAAUGGUAGUGGAGGUCUCGAUUCAGAAGAAGGUUCAAGCCUGGAGGAGAUUGGCUUUAACUGGGGAGAGUAUCUGGAAGAAACGGGAGCCAGUGCAGCGCCUCACACGUCGUUCAAACAUGUUGAAAUCAGCCUCCAGAGCAACUUCCAGCCGGGGAUGAAGCUGGAAGUGGCCAACAAGAACGACCCGGACACGUACUGGGUGGCUACGGUCAUCACCACGUGCGGACAGCUGCUGCUCCUGCGCUAUUGCGGCUACGGCGAGGACCGCCGCGCCGACUUCUGGUGUGACGUGGUGAUCGCCGACCUGCACCCCGUGGGGUGGUGCACGCAGAACAACAAAGCCUUGAUGCCCCCCGAGGCAAUCAAGGAGAAGUACACAGACUGGACAGAGUUCCUCAUUCGGGAUUUGACUGGCUCCCGGACGGCGCCCGCCAGCCUCCUGGAAGGUCCUCUGCGAGGGAAAGACCCUAUAGACCUCAUUACAGUUGAUUCCUUAAUAGAACUUCAGGAUUCUCAGGACCCUUUUCAGUACUGGAUAGUUAGUGUGAUUGAAAAUGUUGGAGGAAGAUUACGCCUUCGCUAUGUGGGAUUGGAGGACACUGAAUCCUAUGACCAGUGGUUGUUUUACUUGGAUUACAGACUUCGACCAGUUGGUUGGUGUCAAGAGAAUAAAUACAGAAUGGACCCACCUUCAGAAAUCUAUCCUUUGAAGAUGGCCUCUGAGUGGAAGUGUGCUCUGGAAAAAUCCGUUAUUGAUGCCGGAAAGUCUCCUCUGCCGAUGGAAGUGUUUAAGGAUCACGCAGAUCUGAGAAGCCAUUUCUUCACGGUCGGGAUGAAGCUCGAAACAGUGAAUUUGAGCGAGCCCUUCCACAUCUGUCCCGCGUCUGUGACCAAGGUUUUUAACAAUCAUUUUUUCCAAGUGACCAUUGAUGACCUAAGACCAGAACCUAGUAAACUCUCGAUGCUGUGCCAUGCGGAUUCUUUGGGGAUUUUACCUGUACAAUGGUGCCUUAAAAAUGGAGUCAAUCUCACACCUCCCAAAGGUUACCCUGGCCAGGACUUCGACUGGGCAGAUUAUCACAAGCAGCACAGCACGGAGGAGGCGCCGCCCUUCUGCUUCAGAAACACAUCGUUCAGUCGGGGUUUCACCAAGAACAUGAAACUGGAAGCUGUGAACCCCCGGAACCCAGGAGAGCUCUGCGUGGCCUCCGUGGUCAGCGUGAAGGGAAGGUUGAUGUGGCUUCACCUGGAAGGCCUGCAGACUCCUGCUCCAGAGUUCAUUGUUGACGUGGAAUCCAUGGACAUCUUCCCGGUGGGCUGGUGUGAGGCGAACUCCUACCCUUUGACCACACCACACAAAACAGUCUCACACAAGAAGAGAAAGAUCGCAGUUGUGCAGCCGGAAAAACAAUUGCCAUCCGCAGUGCCUGUUGAGAAAAUACCUCAUGACCUUUGUUUACUGUCCCCCUUGGACACGGCAGGCCCUGUCAACGGGAAAUACUGCUGUCCUCAGCUUUUUAUCAACCACAGGUGUUUCUCAGGCCCUUACCUGAACAAAGGGAGAAUCGCAGAGCUACCGCAGUCCGUGGGGCCCGGCAAGUGUGUGCUGGUUCUCAAAGAGGUUCUUAGCAUGAUAAUCAAUGCCGCCUACAAGCCGGGAAGGGUUUUACGAGAACUACAGCUGGUGGAAGGUCCACACUGGAAUUUCCAAGAGGAGACGCUGAAGGCAAAGUAUAGAGGCAGAACCUACAGAGCGGUGGCCAAGAUCGUGCGCACGUCCGACCAGGUGGCGGAUUUCUGCCGGCGGGUCUGUGCCAAGCUGGAAUGCUGCCCAAAUUUGUUCAGUCCUGUGCUGGUGUCCGAAAACUGCCCAGAGAACUGUUCCGUUCACACCAAAACCAAGUACACCUAUUAUUAUGGAAAGAGGAAGAAGAUUGUGAAGCCCCCCAUUGGGGAAGCCAGCGGGGAGAGUGGACCCCCGAAGCCGGCCCGACGUAGGAAGCGGCGAAAAUGCAUCUUCGUGCAGAAGAAGCGCAAGUCUUCUGCCGCGGACUUCACCACGGGCUCCGGGGAGGAGAGUGAGGAGGAGGACGCGGACGCCGUGGACGAGGACACGGGGAGCGAGGAAACGGGCUCCGAGCUCCGCGACGACCAGACAGACACCUCCUCCGCCGACGUCCCCUCUGUGCGGCCCCGGAGGGCCGUCACCCUGAGGAGCAGCACGGAGCCCGAGCGCCGGCCGCCCGUGGAGAGGCCGCGCAGGGGCCGGAGGGUGCAGGCUGUCUCCUGCACCGAGGGCGGGGAGCAGGGCCCAGCCGGCGGCCACGACCCUGCAGAGGAAAGCAAGCAAGAGGAGGAGGAGAGGCUGGUUCUGGAGAGCAACCCUCUGGAGUGGACGGUGACGGACGUGGUGCGCUUCAUCAGGCUGACGGACUGCGCGCACUUGGCCAGGAUCUUUCAGGAACAGGACAUUGAUGGCCAAGCACUCCUGUUGCUGACCCUCCCCACGGUGCAGGAGUGCAUGGAGCUGAAGCUGGGGCCCGCCAUCAAGCUCUGCCAUCAGAUCGAGAGGGUGAAGGUGGCUUUUUAUGCCCAGUACGCCAACUGAGGCUGCCCUCUCGGGAGGUGACCUGAUGUCUCGGGGAUGCUGUGGGAUGGGACAUGCACAAAGUAGCACUGAAAAGCAGAAAGUGUGGCUGACCUCCUUCACCCACCAGCCUGUUGAUGUUACCAUGUUUCUGGGCCCACUCGCUACUGCAGCUGUGGCUCCUGGACAGGGCUGGGCGCUGCCAGACACAGAAGAGCUCCUUUGUACGUCUGUGUCUCCCCUUCCUCCCUCCUAAAGCCAGGCAGCUCCCCGCAAAGGCAUUUCCCAAACCACAGCUCACUCUGCUUUGAAGACAAAGAGGCAGUUGGUGUCUUUCUUGGAUGUGCCCAAGGAGGGCGCCCGGCUGGGAGGUUUCCUAUGGUCGUUAUAGAUGCUUCUUGCAUCGCACGGCACACGUGGCUAUCACUGCAUGAGUGCCACCGUGGUGUGCUCUUGGUGGCAACUCAUUUCCCAGACACGCUUGCAGGCCACGUUUCAGGAUGUGGCUACAGAAGGAUGGCUUAGAGCGGCAUCGCCCAUCAGAGGCACCUUCCAGGAAGGAGAGGGUGUGAAGGCAGGUGGGGUGUCGUUGCGAUGAGGCACUUCUUCCUGAGCGACGGACAUCCAGAGCCUGUAGAGAGUCCCGUUUGCAAUCUUUUGUAGAACUUUACGUGUGGCUGAUGUUCUCAUUUAAUCAUGACCGGAUCAGGGAAUGACUCUUUUAGUCUGCUGGGAAAUGCUGAGCUGUGGACUGAAGGCAAAGCUUAACUGCAGGAGCAGGAAGAAGCUUCAGGAAUCUUUGAAUAAACCAGCGACAUCCCCUUCAAAGGGUCCUGCAGUGAGUCUCUUGACAAGACUGGCUUCGAGUGCCACUCCGAUGUGUCCGGCCCUGGGACGCGUGAGAAAGUGGGCGUUCCUGACGGGAAACACAGCAGCGACCUGGCCCUGCCCAGCUCUUCCGCCAGCACGGCCACCCAUCAUCUGUGCUCUUGGGUGACCUCGUCCCCAUCCCACUCCAGCUGAGAGUCCCGAUCCGCUGACACAAGACGCACACAGUAGGUGAGGAAGAAGCGCAUGUCCACUAUGUUGACUGCUUCCUGGCCGGAGGCUGCUGGUUUCUGGGACGAUUUUCGUCAAAUCGCCUAAGUCACUUGAAGAGAGAUCUCUGGCUCUGAGGACUGGCAGGUUUUUGGUAACCGGCACCUCAUGUGCGUGUGCCCCUGAGGGACCCAGUAUGUUCACUCAAGCCCAAAUGGACUGCUCCCCCCACCGCACCCCCCAUCCCCGCUGUGGCAGGUGUCCAAAUGCCUUUCAGAACGUGCUCAAGGAAAACUAAGCCUUCAGACUUAUCCGGAGGCGGACACCAGAAGCAGAGGCCACAUGCCCUUUGGUUUCUCUUUUUUACCCUCCUUCCUCCAUGUUUGCUCCUCGAUUCGAGUCUCGGCAACUGGACAAACAUGUCGCGGGCUCGUUAGCCGUCGUGUUGCAGCUACGUUGUUAAGGCACGAUUUUCUGAUUUUGCAGUUUGGUUACCGCUGCUGACUGUUCUUAGCAUUCUGUCCUAUUCACCGAGGCAGAUGGGAGACUUACUUUGCAGGUGACUUUUUGCUCUGUCCCCACAGCUGAUUUCCACCACCACAUUUUAAGCGUUUGGCAUGUGGGUCUGCCCGGGGCCCCUGAUGGAAGGGCCCGUGUCCUAACCUGGUGCCUGGUGGUGGUGUCAGGAUGGAGGCGUCCGAGGUGCCUGCCGCCCGGCCUCUCUCCCCUGGGCUCGAGACUCAGCCUCCUCUCAGUUCCCCACCCCUGCCUUCUCAGCCACAUACUUCCAGCCUUAAACGCUCAGCCUCGUGGUGUCCGUUGGAAAGGGUGUCCACCGCGGGGUCACCGUUGCCACGCUGACUCACUUAGGAUCCUUCGCCCUGGCCUUCCGAGCUGAGCUAUUCCCAUUAUAUUUGAAACGAAGGGAUGUGGUGGCUGCAGUGUGUCUUUGUACUUUCGGGACGAAUGUCAACUUCUCAUGCCCUUUCAAGGAAAGGCGCCACGGGAGCAGGCACAUCCUGUGGGUGUCUCUGGACCCCCACUCCCCUCCCCCAUGCCUCACCUUCAGGAGCCAGAAGGUCCUCCCGCAGACAGCCCGGGCAGGACAUGGCCACCAUUGCUGGGGGAGCCUCCAGCUUCCCGACAGGUCAGAUGCCCAACACGCUCCUCGUCCUCAGUCCCUCUUAGUGCGGCGAUCUGUCACCCACCGCGGUUCUGCAUGAAACAGUAAGGAAGAUGUGGCUGGGGCCACAGGUAGAAGACACAGCCCUUGGAGGACUGUCACAGAGGUCGUGUCUGGGCCACCCCCUGGCCCUGUCGAGAGCCAAGGAACAUUUUAGGGGCAAGAAGAUGCUUCUGCUCUGAGUGCUGCCCACGUGCUCUUGAGCUUGCUGCUUUGGGGAUUUCCAGUGGUGGGCGUGUCCCACAUCAGUCGCCAUUUGGUUCCAGAAGGUAAGGCGCCCAUUUCUCGUCUCUGUAGGAUUUACCCACACCAGCUUCUGUCUUACAACUGGGGCCAGUUUCCAGAGAACAUUUUACACCAUGUCGUUACUGUGUCUCCAGCGGCAGGUGGUGCUGACUUUGCACCUCUUCCCCACAUAUCACCGGGGCCCACGCCCAACGGUUCUUGGUCGAAACACCAACAGGUGACACCCCUCCCUCCCUUCUCCAGCCCCAGAUGCUACAGUGUCCACUCUGUCUCUUUGAUAAUACGUUGGGACCAAAGCCCUGCCCGCUGUGUACCGAGGUCCUGCAUUACAUCCCGGAGGUGCCGAGAAGCUUGUGUCGCCUCCAGGCCACGCGGACACUUUUCAGUCUGUACAGCGUGGAUGACUGGAGAAGCAGAAAUGGCCACCGUGUCUUUAAUGGUGAAAGUCACCACACGAUCCCAUCCAAAAACGAAUGGACUUGGUUCAGCCCCUGCCUUCCUGACUGCGUCUGCACUGUGUUAGGAAGCCGUCCCCUCCCACGACCGUGUAAACCUAACAGGAGUAGGGUAUGGCUGGCAUAGCGGGCAAACCUCUUUGCUUUUGAAAAAAUUAGGAAAAGAUAAAAUAAGAAACCACCAAAAAAACCCAAAAAACAAAAAAACAGAAACCAGUUUCCUUCGCCGCAAAGUUGCAUCAUACAGAGAACUCACCCGUCACCUUUAAAAGUAGGUUCAUCUGAUCAAAGUUUGACUCACACGCAGCGUUGGAGCUGCACGGCUUCUCGGUUGCUUUACCUUAUUUGAUCCAUGUUUGAAAGAGCGUUUCCUUUGUUUGCUUUGAUUGGUUCCUCGGUAAAUUCAAAUGACCCAAGCCUUUGCCCCCGGCCUCUCUGACCCUUCCCAUGAUCUCCAGAGACUUGAUUUGGCUCAGUCUUUGAAGCUCGGUCUGAGCGCCCUAGCUUGCCUCUCAGAAUUUUGAGUGUUGUUACCAGGCAAGUCCUGAGAUUUGCCUUUUAUCUUACGCCAAACACCUUUCUGAGGAGGCGAUCUCCUUUCGUUUUGCAAGCACUGGGGAUUUUCAUACUUCUUUGGUAGAACGCCCAUUUCUGUUGAUUUCUGUACAUAGAACUAUAAAAAGAGUAGGGUUAUAACCUUUGUUGUGGGUUGAGAACUGUUGUCAUUUCUUGGUGAAGGUGGCGACCCUGGAGUCCACGUACUCUGUUCUGUCUUUAGGACGCCGUGAUCGAGUGUGCAAUGAUUUGAAGGGAAACAUAGUAGAUUAAGGUGUCUGUAAUUUUUAAGGAAGAAGUCGUUGAAGACGUGUACAUAACUGCCCGUGUCUUUUGGUGCAAUAACUAAUUGCAAGGGAAAGUUCUGUUUGCAGCCUGAUACUGUCGUGAUUCUCUUAAUCGUCUACCAUUCUUUUCCGUUCAAGAGUCUUCUGGAAACUGCUUUAUUCCCUUUAACUCAGCUGACUAUUUAAGCAGGUUCGCCUGGCUUUUAUCACCAGAAUGGGCUUACAAGUAUCCCAAAACACUGAUGUGAUAGAAUCGAAUCAUGCUAUUUCCCACCCGCUUAAUUUACCCAAGACAUUGUCAUUGUUGACACGUGGCUCUGCUUUGGGUUUUGGUGUAAAGGCAUCUGCAGUUCAGGUGAUAAAAAGAACCAAAACAAUUUCCUGGGCAGGUAGUCUUUCCAUCUUACAGGCUUGUUCUCAAUGGCCAGGAUUCUGCACCGACAAGCAGGUAGGUCUCUUAUAAGCAAGCCAGAAAGCCAGGGCAGCGCUGCGGCUGGACCUGAGGGCCACCCUGAACACAAGGAGAGUUCUGGCCCCAACGUUUGCCGAAAAAGCCACUCGCAGUGGGAAAUUGGAGACCUUUUUUUUUUUUU